GCAACAUCAGAUUCUGCGAUUAUUGGCAAGGUUCUUUCGCAAGGAGUUCUGCACAUCCAAACAAUCAUGUCAGCUUUGAAACCAGCAUGGGGAAAUCCGAAGGGACUGACGAUGAAAUCAGUUGGGGAUAAUUUGUUUAUAGCUGAAUUUGGCCUAAAGAGGGAUAGGGAUAGAGUUUUGGAAGGUUCACCAUGGACUGUUGGUAAGCGAGCUGUUCUUACUCAAGAGUUUGAUGCUUCUAUGAGACCAGGAGAUAUUCACUUUGAGGAAAUGUCUAUUUGGGUAAGAAUUAAAAACCUCCCUUUUGGUCUGAUGAAUGGGAAGUGGGGAUAUGAGAUAGCAAACAAAGUGGGGACUGUAGAGAAACUUGAUUUGGAUGAUCAAAACCGUGCUUGGGGGCCUUAUCUCAGAGCAAAGGUGAGGAUCAAUAUUACAAAGCCGCUUCGAAGAGGUGUUUCGAUUUUCUCAACCAAAAGACAAAGGCCAGAGUGGUAUGAGGUGUGCUACGAAAGAUUACCAAAUUAUUGUUAUGCAUGUGGAAUCAUUGGGCAUUCUUCAAUAGAGUGCCCUACACCAGCUGAUCGAGAUGAGAAUGGUCUUCUUCCUUACAGUACCGACUUACGAGCUCAGGUUGAUAGAAAGAAAAACUUUUUUGUUGACAUGAACAGCCAAGGCUCUGCUUCAAUAGGGAAAAACAACACAGAUAAUGGGCAGGGAUCAGAGCCAACACGUUCAAUUACAAAAUCAUCUUACAACCAGACUUUUGGUACUGGUGUUCCAAGAGAACAGAAUGAAAGUCAUAGUAAUGAUGAUAAAGGGGGCGAGGAUACACUUCCCAGCAGAAUGAAUAACAUAGAGGGGGCAAUCUUGAAUGAUAGUCCAAAGCACGAUAUCCCAAUUUGCAUAAGAAAAGAAAUAUCUCAGGAAAAUAGCUGUAACUCUUCAGGCCAAGGGAAAAAAAGAAAGCCUUUUCAAAGUUCUGAACAAGGGGAGAAAGAUUUAAUAAUGGAAGAUACUAAUGGUGCUGGCUCUAUGGAAAUGGCCUUAGUGGCGGUCCAGCCAACUGGACCACCUUAUACUAGAGCGGCUUACGCAGAUGAUGAACCAUAUGAAGUAGUGAAUGAACAAGUUAAGAGGCAGAGGAAGGAGUAUGAACCCACACUGAGUAUAUCGGCGGUGGCUGGGACCCAGCCCCGCCGAAAGCCAUGAAUCUCUUAUGUUGGAACUGUCGAGGUUUAGGGACGGACUCGACAGUUGGUGAGCUUCGUCAUUUGGUGAAGCGAUAUCGUCCCUCCCUCCUGUUUUUAUCGGAAACUAAAAUGAGGGAUACCAAAGUGAGGAAAUUUAUGUGGUCUCUGGGGUUCCAUGGCUGUUUUGCAGUUAGUAGUGAAGGGAAAAGUGGAGGUUUGGCUUUAUUUUGGGUUCAGGAAUGUAUAGUUUCUUUGAAGCAUUAUUCUCCAAAUAUUAUAGAUGUUACUAUAGGUUCAGAAGCAAAUCAAUUAUGGAGAGCUUCUUUUGUCUAUGGUGAGCCGAGGUCUGAAUUGCGCCAUAAUUUUUGGGAUCUUUUGCGCUUUGUUCGUUCCCAGUGGUCUGGACCUUGGCUCUGUGCCGGGGAUUUUAAUGAAGUCCUGAGCAGCGAUGAACAUCUGAGCAGAGGGGAAAGAGGGGAGCAGCAAAUGAGGUUAUUUAGGGAUUGCCUUGAAGACUGUGAAUUAUCUGAUUUAGGCUUUUCUGGGCCAAAGUACACCUGGAAUAAUAGGCAGGUUGGAAGUGACAAUGUGAAAGUACGCUUAGACAGAGCAGUGGCAAAUGGUCAUUUUAUCCAACUCUUUGAAGAUUAUCAUGUUGAAAAUGUCAUCACAUCAACUUCAGAUCAUUAUGCUAUUCUUGUAUCAAUUAAUCGAGAUUCUCAGUAUAAUGAUAGGAGUUCCUUUGAUAACAAUUUCAAAUAUGAAGCAAUGUGGGCAAGAGCACCAGAUUAUAAUGAUAUUGUUGAAAAGAAAUGGAAAGAGGAUUUUGAGGGGCCUAGAAAUCUCCAAUCAUUUUGGUCAAACCUAAGCAGAAUGGCGACCUCUUUAAAACACUGGAGCUCAAGAACUUUUGGGUCUAUCCGGAAGGAAAUAAAAAAACUUGAACGACAGUUGGCGAUGCUUCGUUCCUCAAGUGCCACACCAGCUUUUUCAGUUGAAGAGAGGAGAAUUGAACGAAAGCUAUGUGACUUAUUUGAAUGUGAAGAAAUUAUGGCUCGCCAACGUUCUAGAGUGGAUUGGCUCCAAGCGGGUGACCGAAACACUUCAUUUUUUCAUGCCAGAGCCUCUGCCAGAAGAAAAACUAAUAGAAUUUCAUAUCUAUUGAGAGAAGAUGGUACAAGGUGUGAAGACAGAGAGGAGCUUAAAGAUGAGGAGAUACGUGAAGCUCUGUUCCAGAUGGGACCGACCAAGGCGCCUGGUCCUGAUGGCUUCCCGGCGUUGUUUUACCAACGCCAUUGGGAUUUUUUACAGGCUGAUAUCUGCACAGCUGUUAGGGAUUUUCUACAAGAUAUGAUGAAGGCUUAUGACCGGGUCGAAUGGAAAUAUCUUCAGGGAGUUUUAAGUAAGAUGGGUUUUGCUGAUGGAUGGAUCCAAACUGUAAUGAAAUGUGUGACAAAGGUGCGAUAUGCCAUACGAGUUAAUGGUGAACUCUCAGAGCAUUUUAUUCCAACAAGGGGAUUGAGGCAAGGAGAUCCCAUCAGUCCAUACCUUUUUCUCUUAUGUGCGGAAGGCCUAUCUUGCUUAAUGAAGAAAAAAGAAGCUGAAGGUAAAAUAAACGGUGUAAAAAAUGGGAGAACUGGACCAGCAAUAUCUCACCUCCUUUUUGCAGACGAUAGUAUUUUUUUCAUUAGAGGUGAUAUGAAGAACCUUCAAGCUCUUAAUGAGGUGUUGCACUUGUAUAGUGAAGGAACAGGCCAACGGAUUAAUUUCCAGAAAUCAUCACUUUUCUUUGGUGACAAAUGUCCGGAACAAGUUAAGGACAGAGUUAAAUCAUAUAUCAAUGUCCGUAAUGUAGUUGUGCAAGCAAAUUAUUUGGGCAUGCCGUCUUGGGUGGGGAGAUCUCCUACAAGCACUUUCAAUUUCUUACCUGAACGUAUGUGGAGGAAAAUAAGAGGCUGGAAUGAUCGCCCCCUUUCAAGGGCUGGUAAGGAGGUUAUGUUUAAAUCAGUCAUUCAAGCAAUCCCAAUAUAUGUUAUGAGCUGUUUCCGCCUGCCAGCUGCAAUUUGUGAUAAGAUGAGGACAACAAUCUCGAAUCAUUGGUGGGGCAUUGAAGAGGGUAAGAAAAAGAUGCACUGGCGUUCAUGGGAAUGGCUGACCGCCCCUAAAGCCAUGGGUGGCAUGGGGUUUCGAGAUAUGCAAAUUUUUAAUCAAGCUAUGUUGGGCAAACAAGCUUGGAGAAUUCUAACUGUUCCUAAUUCGCUUUGUGCGAGAGUGCUCAAAGGGCGCUACUUUCCUGGUUGUUCUUUUUGGGAUGCGUCUCAGCCUCGAAGUUCAUCUUUCACAUGGCGCAGCAUCAUGUAUGAUGGAGCAGCUGGCAGCUGGAAUGAAGAGAUGGUUCGAGCUUGUUUCAAUGAAGAUGAUGCUGAAAAGAUUUUGCAGAUACCUCUGUGCCAUACUCCUUGUGAGGAUUUCCCAGCUUGGCUACACACUAAGUCAGAGGCCGCAGAGGAUCAUGAAGCAACAGUUUUUGCAAUCACAGUAUGGCACAUUUGGGAGUCAAGAAAUGCAGCU